UAGAUAGUAUCUGACCUUACGGGGCAUGAUUAUUUCAGUUACACCAAGAUCGCUGAGGGGCGCAACUCACAUUUAUUUCUUGCUACAGCACAUUGGUGGUACUUUGACUGACCGUGAGAAUAGGAUGAGUGCCCAUAUGCGAGUUGUCGAGAGAUAGCAUUCCCUUGAGCCGGUCGCAACCCAGACCAGCAGAAAUGCCUGAGCACCGCCGGAAACCUGCACGUAGGGAGCCGGCGUCCUUGCAAAGGACUCCAGGCAGAUCCAAGCAGCCCUCGAGCUCCCGAAGACACAACAAAGGCAAUCCAGUGAUUCGUCACCGGCCCUCUCCAUUGGAAUCACUUCCCAACGAGCUGCUCGAGAAGAUCUUCCUUUUGUCACGUAGCACUGCUCUACCUUGUUGUUCGCCACGCCUAGGUUCUCGGUUGUCGCACGAAGGGACACUCGUCAAUUUCGCAGCGGAUUUUCUCUGGAGUUUCGCCGCUCCCAACAUCAAGAGCAAGGAUUUCCAGAAAGAGUAUUUGCGCCUUGUCAAUGCCCGCUUCUUCACCGCAAGCUUCUUCAAGAAGUGUGUUGAUAGUGUGCUCAACCCAGAACCAGGGCGAGGUCCCGCUCAUUCGCUGCACUAUGCAUGCCCUGCUUGCAUCCAAUCCUUUCGUCCUUUUGCUGACGUGGGCUUUUAUUUCACGGCCAAACAAGUUGGGACAAAUUGUUGCCCAUGUGGAAGAACAGCACAAUGCGAGGUACUCUUCCCCGUCCUGAAUCACAGCUUGCCUUCCAAAGUUCUUCAUGGGCCAUGGACCCUGGAAAAGGUAACACUCGCAUGCUCUCUCAUGCAUUACGGCUGGCGUUCCACAGUUCAGGGCACCGCUGGAGAGGAAAUCGCCGCUCGGGGACUUGAUGACGCUAUACAAGAGCGCCAUUACUGGGCCAUUUUCCUUCUUCUCAAAUGUUUAUCUGUGGUGCCGUCCAGCAGAGUUGUCAGGGAAACGCUUUUGGACAACAAUUUCGACAAGAAGAUUGUCCUUGCUGUCCUUUUGGCUCGAUACAAUGCCGGUCACAUUACUGACUAUCUCGAUCCAUGCUACGAUCCUUGGAGAGUUCCCCUCGACAAGAAGCAAACUAGCGAUCGUGAUGUCUUCCUAAAUACAUGGUGCACUGAAGCUUUGGAGUACGAAGCACGGAAGGACCGCGAAAGGAUUCAUAUGGACAUCUUCGACCUCUUCGAGAUACUGGACCCUGCAUUUAAUCAUCUUGAUGAUGUUGCUCAUGUCGUUUGGAGACAAGUUCUUCAAGAGAACGACGCAGUUCCUCUGAGAGCGCCUGAGUUCUUCAACGAUCUGUAAGUUGCGGAACCGGCCUAAUUAGGACCUUGGACAUAAUUUAUCAUUUUGUCGAAGUCAUGCGACCGAUGUUAUGAAGCGGCUAACAAAAUCGAGGCUGCACCUCACCGAGGACUUGUUCGACUAACUUCCGUACCGCUUACAUAUCUCGUUCCUCAACUUCAACUCGUCUCGUUCUUCAUUUCGUUUUUUUAUUUUUAUUUUCCGAGUCAUCUGAGUAUUCUGCUCCUUUGCUGUAUUUCGUUGGAGAAUCAGGAUGGGAAAGAGUUCGAACGCGGGAAUAUUUGAGCAACUCGUACUCUACCACACUGAAGUUUAAUAUCGAGUAUGGAUCAAUUGUAGGAUAGGAGUGUAUUAUAGAACUCAUAGCAAUACUACAGCUCCGGCAUCACUACCUCUACACAUU